AUGACCGAAUCGCUGCCGAAAAUGGCUUCCCUCGCUGUGAAAUACAGCUUCUCUCUGAUUCCUACAGGCUUCCCUGGGCGACCGUAUAAAAUGUCACUUUUUCUCUUCCCCUUGUCUCCCUUUUCUGGCCAUCUCUUUGUCUCUCGUCACGCCUCUCGACGAACUCUCCUUCCCAACCCAGCGUCAACUGUUGCGAGCACUGCCUUCAAAACUCCCUUUUUCUUUAUUCAUAUUAUAUCUGUUUGUCUCAAUGAUGCCGCCUCCUCUUCCUCCUGCGAACCCCAACGAGCACCAGUACUGGACCGAUCCUAUCCUGUGCGAGGAGACUCAGAUCAGACUUGA